CCUGCCCGGGCCUCAGUCUGCCCCGGAGGCCAUGAACACCACGGGGGGCCCGCUGCCCCUGGACACCUGCCACCAACUGGCGGCCGGUGGGCACAGCCGGCUCAUCGUCCUGCAUUACAACCACUCUGGCCGGCUGGCGGGGCGCGGGGGGCCGGAGGACGGCCUGGGGGCCCUGCGCGGGCUCUCGGCGGCGGCCGGGGGCCUGGUGGUGCUGGAGAACCUGCUGGUGCUGGCGGCCAUCACCACCCGCAUGCGCUCCUGGCGCUGGGUCUACUACUGCCUGGUCAACAUCACGCUGAGCGACCUGCUCACCGGCCUGGCCUACCUGGCCAACGUGCUGCUGUCCGGGGCCCGCACCUUCCGCCUGGCGCCCGCACACUGGUUCCUGCGGGAGGGCCUGCUCUUCGCGGCCCUGGCGGCCUCCACCUUCAGCCUGCUCUUCACCGCGGGCGAGCGCUUCGCCACCAUGGUGCGGCCGGUGGCCGAGAGCGGGGCCACCAAGACGGGCCGCGUCUACGGCUUCAUCGGCCUCUGCUGGCUGCUGGCCGGGCUGCUGGGGCUGCUGCCCCUGCUGGGCUGGAACUGCGUGUGUGCCUUCGAGCGCUGCUCCAGCCUGCUGCCCCUCUACGCCAAGGACUACGUCCUCUUCUGCGUGGUGGUCUUCGCCUGCAUCCUGGCCGCCAUCCUGGCCCUCUACGGGGCCAUCUUCCGGGUGGUGCAGGCCAACGGGCAGAAGGCCCUGCGCGCCCCGGCCCGACGCAAGUCCCGCCGGCUGCUCAAGACGGUCCUCAUGAUCCUGGUGGCCUUCGUGGUGUGCUGGGGCCCGCUCUUCUGCCUGCUGCUGGCCGACACCUUCGGCUCCACCGUCUGGGCCCAGGAGUACCUGCGGGGCAUGGACUGGAUCCUGGCGCUGGCCGUGCUCAACUCGGCCAUCAACCCCCUGAUCUACUCCUUCCGCAGCCGGGAGGUGUGCCGGGCCGUGCUGGCCUUCCUCUGCUGCGGGUGCCUCCGGCUCGGCCUGCGCGGCCCCGGGGACUGCCUGACCCGGGCCACCGAGGCCCACUCUGGAGCGUCCACCACGGACAGCUCACUGAGACCCAGGGACAGCUUCCGGGGCUCCCGGUCGCUCAGCUUCAGGAUGCGGGAGCCCCUGUCCAGCAUCUCCAGCGUGCGCAGCGUCUGAGGCAG